GUUAUCGUCUCUUUUUUUCUUUUUUUUUUUCAUUUAUUAAAAAGAAUUAAAUACUUUUAGUAGCAGAGGCGGAGAGAAACUGAAGAAAUCUGGGUUUGUUGCAAAACCCAUUUUGGAUCUCUGUCGGUUUCUCUGUAAUCCGCCGCCAUGGCCGACGCUACACAGAUUCUGUUACCGGAGUCGUUUCAGGGCGGAAGAGGCAAUUUCAGCGACCAAAUUUGGCUGAUUUGGGAGCUCAUUAAAGCGCCAUUGAUAGUUCCUCUGCUCAGAUUAAUGGUUUAUAUUUCAUUGGCAAUGUCUCUGAUGCUUUUCUUUGAACGAGUUUAUAUGGGAAUUGUUAUCGUUUUGGUUAAGCUUUUCUGGAAGAAGCCUGAGAAACGCUACAAAUAUGAACUGCUUCAAGAUGAUUUGGAAUCUGGAAGCUCUAAUUUCCCUCAUGUUCUUAUUCAAAUCCCAAUGUUUAACGAACGAGAGGUUUACAAAAUCUCCAUUGGAGCUGCUUGUGGCCUUUCAUGGCCGGCCGACCGCCUCGUCAUUCAAGUUCUUGACGAUUCAACCGACCCAGUAAUUAAGCAAAUGGUGGAGCAAGAAUGCCUGAGAUGGGCGAGUAAAGGGAUUAACAUAACGUAUCAAAUCAGGGAAACCAGAGGAGGGUACAAAGCUGGAGCUCUGAAAGAAGGGCUUAAACGGAGGUAUGUUAGCCAUUGUGAGUAUGUCGCCAUUUUCGACGCCGAUUUCCGGCCGGAGCCGGACUAUCUCCGGCGAGCCAUUCCGUUCUUAGUUCAUAAUCCUGAUAUCGCCCUCGUUCAAGCUCGAUGGAGAUUCGUGAAUGCAAAUGAGUGCCUGCUGACAAGAAUGCAAGAGAUGUCAUUGGAUUACCAUUUCACAGUGGAGCAAGAAGUUGGGUCUGCUACCCAUGCCUUCUUUGGCUUCAAUGGAACUGCUGGAGUGUGGAGAAUUGCUGCAAUCAAUGAGGCUGGUGGGUGGAAGGACAGGACCACCGUGGAAGACAUGGACCUUGCCGUCCGAGCUAGUCUUAGAGGCUGGAAAUUUGUCUACUUAGGUGACCUGCAGGUAAAAAGUGAGCUUCCUAGUACUUUCAAGGCCUUCCGUUUCCAGCAGCAUCGAUGGUCUUGUGGCCCUGCCAAUCUUUUCCGCAAAAUGGUCAUGGAAAUUGUCAGAAACAAGAAAGUGAAAUUCUGGAAGAAAGUUUAUGUGAUUUACAGUUUCUUCUUUGUCCGGAAGAUCAUUGCCCAUAUGGUUACUUUCUUCUUUUACUGUGUUGUUCUUCCCCUCACCAUUUUGGUUCCUGAAGUGUAUGUACCAAUUUGGGGAGCUGUUUACAUUCCUUCAGUCAUCACCAUUUUGAACUCGGUCGGAACCCCAAGGUCGAUUCACCUUCUGUUCUAUUGGAUCCUUUUUGAGAACGUGAUGUCGUUGCACCGCACAAAAGCAGCUCUGAUCGGUCUAUUCGAAGCAGGUCGAGUGAACGAAUGGGUUGUGACAGAAAAGCUAGGAGAUGCUCUGAAGAACAAGGCAGCUGCUGAUGCUGCAAAGAGCAAAGCAAACGCCAAAGUUCCCAAAAUUAGACUAAGAUGCAAGUUUGGUGACAGAAUCAACACAUUGGAGCUGGGAUUUGCAGCGUUCUUGUUCUUUUGUGGGUGCUAUGACUUUGUUCAUGGGAAGAACAACUACUUUGUGUACCUUUUUCUUCAGACAUUCAGCUUUCUGAUCACUGGAGUUGGCUAUGUCGGAACCAUCAUCCCAAGCUCUUAAAAAGUGAAGAACACUUCCAUUUAUAUAUAUAUAUAUAUAUAUAUAUAUAAUUAUGGGGUUCUGAGUUGCAUUUAAGAUUCAGCAAAUAAUGUUCUACAGAAGAGAGUAGCGUGCCUAACUUAGAAGAAGAAAGAAAGGAGUUUCACAGGCAAAUAGUUCAGAUAAAAGCCUGAGAUGUUAUGGAAGGAAAGAUGAAGAAGAAGAAGAAGAAGAAGAAGAAGAAGAAAAAGGGGAAUUGAAUUGCCAAGGGCAUUUUCGUCAUUUAGAUUGUUUUUUUAAAUUGUGAAAAUUCUUUUUUUUUUUU